CGACGUAACAGAAUUGCUAUCGUCUUUAGACCCCGCUCCCACGUUAUUUUUAUGCCUGGCCCUCAUUUAACCGCCGUUGGACUAUGUACACACCUCCCAGAAUGAUUGAGGAGUCAAAGAAGAAUCCAGGGUCCGGGCAAACACGAGAGCUUCAAGGAUGACGAUGUGGUAUAUUAUAUGGCCUCCUUCCACUCGGAGCGAGGUCUGAGGCGAUUUCAGCAGGUACUUCAUUGCGACAGCGUGGCGGUAGCGGAAUCAUCACUCCAACUCAAGAUCCAGCGGAGUUCAGCAAACCAUCGUGCCUCACCUUUCCGGAACAUUGAGCAAUUGCCAGACGGAUCCAUUGUCGGAAAAAGAAAGGCGAUGAGUCAAGGAGGCGAUGGCUCUCCUGUUGAUAAGUCGAACUCCUGCAAGGAACCUUCGCCCCGAGGGGAGUCCGACUCUGAUCUCGGAUCACAGGACAGAAUUAACCAGGUUAGGAAGAUUUCUCGCUCACCACUGCGAAUCCUCGAGUCGGAAAUUAGUUCAGCGCGGGGGUCCGCACGCACACUGCUCAGAGUCAAGCCGGUCAACUUCCAUGCCUUGCCGCUGGACGCAACAAUGGUGGAGGACGAUCUCAACCCCUUAGCAACAAUCCAAUUCUUUGUUGAGAUAUACUGCCCGUCCAUGUUGCGUCAUCCCACAUUCAGGCUGGAGAGCAGAGAUUCGGUGUUCAUCAGUACCAAUCUUUCAGCAAUGAUGCAAGAUCCAUUGAUAACGGCCACCUCCCUCGCCUUCGCAGUUCGCAUACAUGACAAACGCCAGAGCCGGAAAGCAGUCGGAUACUACCGCAAGGCUCUUGUUCUCCUUCGAAAAAGGCUUGAAUCCAAUGAUCGCUCCUCCACGGACGCUAUAAUGCUCAGUCUUAUUCAUCUGAUGGCUGUUGAGGCACUGUCGGAAGACUUGGGGUCUCCUCUUCAGCACCUGGGUGCCAUGCAUCGCAUGAUACAAAUGCGAGGCGAGCUCAGAUCUUCAGGCUUGCAGGGCUACAUCAAGGCCCAUAUCAGAUCCUGGGAAUUGUUCCUAGGAGGCGCGUACGCUGAGCCCGACCCAGAUCAAGUGCGAAUAUUUCCUUAUGGCUCGCUUGACUAUCCUACCCAUCCCUUCGACCCCGAACUGAGUCUCACAUUGAGCCGCUUACCUUCAGGCUUCAUUGAACUGGCGAUGUCUUGCAGAUUGAGCACUCAAGUCAUCCAAGUCGUACACACCAGUGCGCACUUGAUGACCGCUCUCUUCCACCAGACGCAAGACUUUAAGCAAGAUGACAGUUUUGCACUUUGGCUGUCACCAUAUCCGGUGUCCCCUAUUCAAGUUAUGUUUCUGGCCAUUGUUAUCCUACAAAACCAGAACCGCAAUAUGGUCGAGGAGUUGUUGGCAAUUUCACUCCUGGCCUUGACAAUAUCAACCGAGGAUUUGGGGGAACAUAUAACCCUAGGCUAUGGAUUCAUCCAGACAUACUGUAUGUCGCUCUGGGACGUCGAUAUGGAGCGGGAAUGUCGCAGUACAGGGGCUCUGGGACUCGAAGACUUUCUUCUCUGGUCGAAAAUGUUGCUUUUGGCGACAUUCGACCACGACACCCAAACCUGGAGGACUGCUAUCCAAUUACGACGGGAUGUCCCCUUGCCGGAGUUCCAGCCUCUGCAUUUUGAGGUGUGCAGGCAAUUCUUUUGGACCGAAUUGUUGACACUUUCACUGGAGCAGAAGAUGGCGCAGGACAGAGCACUCCGUCAACCACGCGCUUUGGACGAUCCAACCAGUGCUGAAACCGAUUGGCAGAAGAUCUAGCAGGGAAAUAAUGCCUGACUGAGCUCACGAAAUAUUGCUACAUCGAAAGGAUGGCCUACCACUAUCUCCAUAGGUCACCCGACUACUGAAGUCAGACAAGGCACAACCGACGGUCACCUGAUCUGUGAUGGUAUGCCAGAUAUCCGUUCCGCUCCUCCCGUGAAUAUGUCUGGCAUAUAAUGAAUCAAUGUCAACGAUAGACCAUGACAUUGAUAGCUUAGGGUGUGGCCUUUAUUGAAAUCAUUUGCGCCUGAUCAAUUGAUCCGACGCCAUCAGAUCAACCCGGAGCGUCUGAUCUGGCUGUUCUGUCCAAUGAUGGGCGACCUGCAAGGAGGCAUGAAUUGUGGACUUGAGAGAACAGAAACAUGGAAUGGACAGAAGAAAUUCGCGCAGGACUGCAGAUUCCAAUGGACAGCAGUGCGUGGUUUUCUCAAUGUGACAAAUAGCCCCAAGACUCUAUUG